CGGGUUUGUUUCAGCUGCAUCCGGGUUUGUUUCAGCUGCAUCCGGUUUUCCGGGAGCCGCAGUGCUUUCGUGCUUCCGCCAAACCCCGUGGCCCCCAGCGGGGACGGAGGUUUCGGAGCUGCGGGGCCGGAGCAAGCGUCUCUUCUUCCUCCCGCUCCGGCGGAGCCUUUGUCGCUGCGGGCUGGACCCCAGAGCGCCCCCGAUGGCGGGGCAGCGGGUGGAGGUGGACGGCGGGAUCAUGGAAGGGGGCGGCCAGAUCCUAAGGGUGUCUACAGCCCUGAGCUGUCUCCUGGGCCUCCCCUUGCGGGUACAGAAGAUCCGAGCUGGCCGCAGCACGCCAGGCCUGAGGCCUCAGCAUUUAUCUGGACUGGAAAUGAUUCGAGAUUUGUGUGAUGGGCAACUGGAGGGGGCAGAAAUCGGCUCAACAGAAAUAAUAUUUACACCAGAGAAGAUUAAAGGUGGAAUCCACACAGCAGAUACCAAGACAGCCGGGAGUGUGUGCCUCUUGAUGCAGGUCUCAAUGCCCUGUGUUCUCUUUGCUUCUUCUCCAUCGGAACUUCGUUUUAAAGGUGGAACUAAUGCUGAAAUGGCACCACAGAUUGACUACACAACCAUGGUUUUCAAGCCAAUUGUGGAAAAAUUUGGUUUCAAAUUUAAUUGUGACAUUAAAAUGAGGGGCUACUACCCAAAAGGGGGUGGUGAAGUGAUUGUCCGAAUGUCACCAGUUAAACAGUUGAAUCCAAUAAAUUUAACUGACCGUGGCUCUGUGACUAAGAUAUAUGGAAGAGCUUUUGUUGCUGGUGUUUUGCCAUUUAAAGUAGCAAAAGAUAUGGCAGCGGCAGCUGUAAGAUGCAUCAGAAAGGAGAUUAGGGAUCUGUAUGUUAACAUUCAGCCCGUUCAGGAACCUAAAGACCAAGCCUUUGGCAAUGGCAAUGGAAUAAUCAUUAUUGCUGAGACAUCCACUGGCUGUUUGUUUGCUGGAUCGUCGCUUGGUAAACGAGGUGUAAAUGCAGACAAGGUUGGAAUUGAAGCCGCUGAGAUGCUGUUAGCAAAUCUCAGACAUGGUGGUGCUGUGGAUGAGUAUCUGCAGGACCAGCUGAUCAUUUUCAUGGCAUUAGCCUGUGGAGUUUCCAGAAUAAAAACAGGACCAGUUACACUCCAUACACAAACGGCUAUACAUUUUGCUGAACAACUAGCAAAGGCUAAAUUCUCUGUGAAGAAAUCAGAAGAUGAAGAGGAUGCAUCUAAAGACGCUUAUAUUAUUGAGUGCCAAGGAAUUGGAAUGACAAAUCCAUAUCUAUAGGGCACGGCAGCCAGUCGGAGCUCUUUUCCUGGUGGAGGUCAUCCCAUCCCUCAUUCCCAAAGGAUCCAAACCUUUGUGGUCUCUGCUGUGUUGCUGUAGUUCUGCCUUAGCUUUUACUGCUACUGGAUUUGAGAAUACUCAGAGUGCCUCAAAGAAGGUCUCGGGCUCCAGACGUGGUCCUUCUCUGUGUCCAGGGUUAGAGCAGCCACUCAGUUUUCCCUUAGUGAUUGGGAGCAAUUGCCCCAGCAAAAGCAGCGACCCCUCCUUCGUUACUUCCGUAGCAUAUGAAGCUCUCCAUGGCCAAUGGAAGUUUCAUCUUCCAAUUCUUCGUCGCCAUUGCGGUGACCUCUGGCGGAAGCAUUUCUCCUUGGGGGAUUAAAACCUCUAACCCAGCAACAAUCAGAGUUUCAGGGAUGAGAAACAAAAUUCGGGAGAUUGUAAUGAACUGUGUAAUAAUGGAGAAGGCACUCUGACUUCUACCCUUUGAUCCACGUAUCCUGGCUGUGGAAGAGAGAUUACCCUGUGUUAGUCUCUGGUCCCAGGAGUAGCCCGCAUCCUAUAGGAUAGUGCUCUAACCUUUCAGAGUGUUGUGUCCCAACUGGCUCUGUAACUGAAUCUUCAGUUCUGCUGCUUCUCAGGGAUGUCAUACCUGGCAAGACCAGCACACUCGGUGGGAACGACCUUAUUGAUACUCUUUGAGCUGAGAAGUGAGUUCCCUGAUCAAAAGGAAUAUUGUGUAAAACAUCCGUAAGUCCGCAGAUUGUCAUUAUAUUUAUCUGUUGCUGCAUCACAGAUUGCUUCAAAGCUUAGCAGCCUAAAACAGCAAACAUUAUUUCAUAACUUUUGUUUGUCAGGAAUAUAGGAUCCGCCUCGUUGGGCGGUUCUGGCUCAUGGCAGCUCAUGAGUUUGCCGUCAAGCCAAGCCACUGGGUGGAGCUAGAAGUCAUCUCAAAACUUGAAUGGAAUUAAGUAUCCGCUUUCAGCCUCACUCAUGAUUGUUGGCAGGCUUCAAACAGGGCUUCAGUGCCUUGCCGUGCCACGUGGGCCUUCCCACAGGACUUCACACUACAAGGCAGCUUGUUUUCUCCGUGUGAGUGGAGAGAGAGGAAGCGAGGGAAAGAAAGCAGGAGAAAGCCCCCAAAAUGGAAGCCAAACUCUUUAUAACCUAGUCUCAGAAGUGCUAUCCCAUCAUCUGCCAUAUUCUAGUAAUGAGAAACAAGCCACGAGUCCCGCUGAUACUGAAGGGGCCAGGAUGACUGAAGGGCAUGGAAAGUGGGAGGCGGGGAUCAUUGGAGGUCAUUUCAGAGGCUGCCUACGGAAGUCAUGCUAGCAGAAACGCCAGCCGUUAGGGUUCUGGAAUACAUAACUAUUUUUUCAGAAACUGCUCUCGGUUUGCUAUUGGACCCUGGUAGAGACUGAACUUCUGAUCUGGGACAUUUGGAGACCAUGUAACCUAAGCUUCCCAUGAUGAACUGGAUGUUUUCUGCCCCACCAAGAUACAUGGUUGGUUGAAGGCGUCAGCCAUCCAACAUCAAGGGGAGACGUUAUAAAUGAGAUCAGAUGCAGAGUGCGGUUAGCUCCUGAAGACAGCAGCUCGUUGAAUGGGAAGUGGUUCAGUCUCCUGCACACCUACGCCUGCUACAUCGCUGCCUCUUUACCACCCUGUGACCUUUGGCCUCUUUACCACCCUGUGACCUUUGGCGGGGGAGGGGCGGCAGUGACAGGUUCCUGAGGAAGAAAAAGCUAAGGCCUCAUUUACAGAUAGUUCUGUACCAUGUGUUGGCAUCACCUUGAAGCAGCAUUCCAACCCCAUUCUAGAGUCGUCCGGCGAGACGGUAUUGAUGGGACGUCCUCCCAGUGCACAGAACUUUGAGCAAUACGUCUGGAUGUCCACUCUGUCUGAAUUGAGAGAUGGCCAGAAGGAUAAAUAAACUGAUUUGUGGACAGUGAGUGGCAGUUUGGCUGAAAUGUUGGGAAAUCAGAAAACAAAGAUUUGGCAGAUGGUAACAAAAGAAGGUAUGGGAAGAGGCAUGUGGAUGAGACUCAGAAUGAGCAUAAGGUGUGAAAAACAGUUGUGCCCCAUGUGAAUAUGAAGCAAGAGAGCAUCCACAGAGACGAGACCUUCAAUAACCAGGCGGACAGAAUGAACUGGUCUGUGUAGGACAGUCAGCCAUUUUAUGCAGUUACCUGAGUGCUUGCUCAGAAGCCACAACGGUGGGGAUGAGGUCGUGUGUGGGCCCAACAACGUGAACUUCCCUCGCCAAGGCUGGCCUGGCUGGCCUCACUGCUGAGUGACGGACCUGCCGAUAGCAGAAACAGACAGUGAGCACCUUUCCCCGAGAAAGACCAGAAAACCAAGUCAUUGCAGGUUGAUUGCAAUGCAGACAGCAAUUUGUCCUCACUGUAGAGAACUUAUUCAGGGUGUGGAGUUGCCUUCCCUGACCACAGUGCUUCUGCCAGUAUAACCAUCCUUAUACUAAUGGAAGUCUGACACAAUAAUGUUUCUGACCAAGAAGCUCAUUUCUAAGUCAUCCUUAUGUUAGGCAGAGGCAGCUUUCUUUAAAGAAGGAAAGGAAGAAAGAGAAAAGAAAGGAAGAAAAGAAAGAAAAACUAGAAGGUAAUGUCAAAAUGUUAAACGCUGUCUGAUGGGAGUUAGGGUAGUAUGUGUAUAUACUGCUGUUUGUUUCAAUUUUUUCCUAUUUUCCACGUUAUGUUUCUGGAAUAAUAUAUUGAAAUAAAUUAUAAAGGCUAUUGAAGAUAAUUUUUAAACGCAUUCCUGAAAGAUUGCAGUUUCCUGACUAAGGAUUGGUUGGAGGCUACUCUAUUUUAAUCCUGAUUUCAGUUCUUCUGUUUUCAAACCACUUAGGCCCAGACUGCUGCAGUCUCAGCCAAUGAUGUUUUUCUAAAAUCUUAGUGAUUCUCAGACUUCUGUGAACAUAAGCAUCUUCAGGGAGACAUAAAAUGCGAACUCCCAGUCCACCCCUCCACUCUGGAAAUUCUGACUGGGUAAUUCUGGCAGGGACCCAGGAAGCUGUAUACAGUUAACCCUUGAAGACCUCAGGUUUGAACUGUCAGGUCCACUUAUACUCAGAUAUUUUUCAAUAAAUACAGGACUGUAAAUGUAUUUUGUCUUCCUUAUCACUUUCUUAAUACCAUUUUCUUUUCUCCAGCUUACUUUAUUGAAAGAAUGUAGUAUAAUAAUACAUAUAACAUACAAAGUGUUUGUUAAUUGACUUUCUGUUAUCAGUAAGGCUUCUGGUCAACAGUAGGCUAUUAAUUUUCAAGGUUUUGGGGAGUCAAAGUUAUACAUGGAUCUUCUACUGUAUAGGGGGGAGCCAGUGUCCCUGACCCUACCCCCACCCCUGUUGUUCAAAAGUUAACUAUUUUUUUAAAGGUUUAUUUGAUUUUUAAAAAUUUAUUUGUGAGAGAGGGCACAAGCACGAGGAGGGGCAGACGGAGAGGGAGAAG